AAUAUGCAGGAAAUAGACGCUGGCAAAAUGGCGCACAACGGCAUGGCACUCACAGGGCGCUACAAUGCCACGCCCACCUAUGGCUUCGACAACGAGCAGAACUACUGCCUGAAUUCCCAACAGUUGCCGUCUCCAAUGCCCCCUCCACCAUACGCCUUGGCACGCGUGAGCAGCACACGCAACUUCGAGCUCGAGAACCACACACCGCCGGCAUGUCCCGGCUCUGGACCCAUUGCCAUGACGAACGGCACCAUCCAGUUGCGCCUCCGCGAUGGCGUGCGCAUUGACAUGACUCUGGACAAGGCGGUGCGCGUGCUCAAUCAGCGCAGCAUGGUGGCAGUUGCUCUAUCACGCAACUGCAGCAACUCGGCUUUGAUCCACCCAAUGGACGCAUCUUGCAGAGCGGCGCUAAAGUCGAAAUAGUCACCUACAACGGCA